AUGGAGUUUUUGAAUCAUCACAGAAAUCUCAGCAAACGUUCCACUGGAACUGCAGCCGUUGAAGAAAAGCAUCACUGGCCACCAUGGGCCAUUAUACUACUGGUCGCCUGUGUACUACUUUCCGCUAUUGCUUUCUUCAUUGGAAACUGCAUCAAUAAACGAACGUCCAGAACAAUGAAGCCGGCCACGAAAAACUUGGUCAAGCAAAAACGAGCCUGGGGAGCCGGGUUUUCCGGCGGGUUAUGGGCUGCUGCC